UCCUCGUCCAUUCGAUCUCUCUCUCUCUGAUAUGCGGUAAACACCAGCCCUUUGAGUUUCAAAAAUCUUUUCUUCUAAACCACUCUAAUCACCAUUUUCAAAUCAAGAAAUUUAGCUAGCUUUCUUUCAACUCUCUUGGGAGCUUGCUUAGGGCUUUAGGAGGCUUGGGUGGAGCAACUCAUCACCUCUUUUUCUCCUCUCUUCGCAUAGUUCAACUUGAGAAAUUCGGCGGUGGGAACUGAUGGUGGCUCUGAGCUUCCAGGGUGGGCGGGCAAGUCCUGCCCAACCCCAACACCCAUCAUUGUGUAGUGGAAGAGCCGCUGGAGUCAUCAGGAUUCGGUGUGGGAUAGCUGAGCCAUCUGGUGAACCUGCUCCUUUAGGACAAAAGACGCGGUACCAUGACGGCAUUUUUGAGAAGGCCUUCAUGACUCUCUUUGCACGUAAGAUGGAGAAAUUUUCAGAUCCACCAGCAGGAAAAGCUAGAGAGAAUAAGGGUUGGUGGGAUUGGGGUUAUGACUAUGAGAGUUUCGUGGAUGUGUCAAGGAGGGUAAUGCAGCGUAGGUCUCGUAUCCAGCAACAACAAGUGGUUCGAGAGGUUCUCCUGUCUAUGCUUCCUCCAGGUGCGCCUGCCCAGUUCCGGAAAUUGUUUCCGCCAACAAAAUGGGCUGCAGAGUUUAAUGCUGCAUUGACAGUGCCUUUCUUCGACUGGUUAGUUGGGCCAUCUGAGGUUGUGGAAGUAGAGAUAAAUGGAGUGAAGCAAAAAAGUGGCGUGCAUAUAAAGAAGUGCAGGUACCUGGAGAAUAGUGGCUGUGUUGGAAUGUGUGUCAAUAUGUGCAAGAUUCCUACCCAAGAUUUUUUCACUAAUGAAUUUGGACUUCCGUUAACAAUGACUCCUAAUUUUGAAGAUAUGAGUUGUGAUAUGGUGUAUGGCCAAUCCCCACCUACAUUUGAAGAGGACCCUGUUUCAAAACAACCUUGCUAUGCGGAUAUAUGUUCUAUGGCAAAACCAAGCUCUAGUGUGUGUCCUAAACUACAGGCAUGAGAAGGCAUUCCUUUCGGAUUUAAUUUUCCAUUGCAGAAUUAGUGUUUAGUAAGCUUUUUUUUUUUUUAAAUCAGCAAAGAUAAGUAUAUAUAUUUAAUAUGUGGUGGGUACAAAGGGUAUCCAAAUCUAUAUACAUGUCUAGUAAGCUUCUAAUUCGACCCGAGGUGCUCUUCCCGCUCUAGCUUCAGAAAAUUUCAUUUUUCAUGUGUAAUAAUAUUAAUACCAGCCUUGCUAGGCUUUUACUUCUUUCAUAGAGUCAUUACAUUCACAAACGAGAGAACAUUGUCUACAAAUACUUCAUGUAAAUUUGUAAUUAUAGUGUCAAAUAUCGGUAUUGCCAGAUUGUACAAUUUUU